CCUUAUGUGUCCCUGAUCCACAAUCCGCCAUGAACACUGAGGAGCAAUAUUAUUCCCCAGCUCAGAUCUACAAGGAGUCCUGUGCAUUCCAGAGAACCCAAGGACAGGACUAUAACUCCAGCCCCCCAGCAUGUCUCUACAUGGGAAGGCAGCAGCCAGUCCCCUACUCCAACCCCCUGGUCGGUCUGGAUCCAGGAAGCCCUCCAGAUAUUUCUCCUUACGAAGUGCCUCCUAUAUCGGAGGAACCGGUGCUACCCCACCUUCACCACCACCAUCAUCACCACCACCACCAUCAUCCAGGCAUCUCUCACCCACACCAGCAAUCCAUGCCCUUCCCUGAAGACCCCGAGCCUGGAAUGCUGGAUGAGAGGAACCGAACCUUGUUACCUUUCCCGUGGAUGAAAUCUACCAAGUCCCACGCGUGGAAAGGCCAGUGGACAGGAAACUCUUACAUGAUGGAACAGGAGGAGAACAAGAGAACGAGGACAGCAUACACGAGAGCCCAACUUCUAGAGCUCGAAAAGGAAUUCCUUUUCAAUAAGUACAUCUCCAGACCAAGAAGGGUUGAGCUGGCGGUCAUGCUGAACCUGACCGAGAGACACAUAAAAAUCUGGUUCCAAAAUCGUAGAAUGAAGUGGAAGAAAGAAGAGGAUAAGAAGAAAGGAAAGGGUGACCCUGAACAAGACUCUGUGGUGUCCUCUGGAGAUAUUAUAAAAGAUGAAUCUCCGUGCCAUGGAAACGCACAGCCAGCAAGAGACUUGAUGCUCUCUCCUCCUUUGUCCAUCUCCUCUUCGUCACAGACCAAUUCUAUCCCUUCUACUGGAUCCCUGAGGCAGGCAGAGAAACGAUAGAGGUAGCCAGGAAUAUGAUAAUGAAUAUGAUCACCAAGUAUUAGAGCAAUAAACUUGUCUUGGCUGUAGUGGACAGAAGAAAAAACCGAGAAAGCCCUCUGUAUCAGCCAACGAUGUCUUAUUAUAAUCAAUGGUUUGUAUAGUAGCUAGAAAAAAAAUUAUUAUGUUUUAAAUAUGUAAACUGCAAUUUUUGAAGUAUUGAUAGUAUUUUAUUGUAUGGAUAACGUGUCAUUCUGGGAUAUAAUGUUUCUGUCUAGUAUUUUUAGAAUUACCUUUUCAUUGUUAAAGAUUUUUAGAUAAUAUCCACAUUAAUUAUAGAAAAAAAAAGGUAAUUAUGCACAGAGGGUAUAUGAUUUUAAUUCAUUUUUCACUUCCUCGCGUGUCUCCGUAACACGCAUUGACCAGUCCCACGCAUUUAUUUUAGUUGACACGAAAAUGCCAGAAAUGAUGAUAGUAUCCCAAUUACUUGUAAUUCUUGAAAAGGUAAUUUAUUUAUGACGUUCAUACACUCCAGUAUUGUACAUUUCUUUUUGUAUUUUCUUUCUCUGUUUUUAUUUAAAUAAAACAUAUCUUUAAAGCGU